AGGCCGAAGCUGUCCAGAAGUGGAGUAAUGGACGAGCGGUAUGAAACAAGCUAAUCUUAGUACAGGAAACGACUUUACUUCGGCGAUGGGUGUGUAUCCGGAGUAGAUGACGUUGACGGUCAAAAGCGAAAGACUAAAGAAAGACCGAGUAUGGCGCUGCGGCCGUUGGUCAUGUGCUUUGCGCUGUGCGUGGUGCACGCCUCCAGUAAACCCACCAUCGACAAGAAGGACCGUGUCAUUCAUGACGACCUGCUUAGCAACCGCAACCAUGACGACGCAGAUAACUUUGAUUAUGACCAUGAAGCGUUUCUUGGACAGGAUGAGGCCAAGACCUUCGAUCAGCUCACACCUGAAGAGAGCAAGGAGAGAUUGGGUAUGUUGGUAGAGCGUAUAGAUGAGGACAAGAAUGGGUAUGUGUCAGUAGAGGAGCUGAAGAAGUGGAUCAAACACAGUCAGAAGAGGUGGAUCUAUGAUGAUGUGGACCGCCAGUGGAAAGGUCAUGACCUUAACGGAGAUGGACUGGUGUCCUGGGAGGAGUACAAGAAUGCCACAUACGGAUACAUACUGGAUGAUUCAGACCCAGAAGAUGGCUUCAGCUACAGACAGAUGAUGUCACGUGACGAGAGGAGAUUCAAAAUGGCCGACCUGGACGCUGACCUGAAGGCCAAUAAAGAGGAGUUUACAGCCUUCCUCCAUCCUGAGGAGUACGACCAUAUGAAGGAUAUAGUUGUACUGGAGACCAUGGAGGACAUUGAUAAAAACGGAGACGGCUUCAUAGAUCUGGAGGAGUACAUAGGUGACAUGUAUAACCAGGAGGGUGAUCCUUCAGAGCCAGAGUGGGUGAAGACAGAACGAGAACAGUUUACUGAGUUCAGAGAUAAAAACAAAGAUGGCCGCAUGGACAAGGAGGAGACCAGAGACUGGAUCCUCCCUUCAGACUACGACCAUGCAGAGGCAGAAGCCAAACACCUGGUCUACGAGUCAGAUAACGACAAGGACGGCCAUCUGACCAAGGCAGAGAUCGUAGAGAAGUAUGACCUCUUCGUUGGCAGUCAGGCUACUGACUUUGGAGAAGCCUUGGCAAGACAUGAUGAAUUCUAACCUUCCACUUCCCACACAGGGUUGGGCUCAAUUCAGUCAUGGAGUUGAAAUCCCAAUUAAAAACACUAUAUGGAGAAUAGGGUGACGUUUGAGACGGAGCGUUUCACACUAGUGUACUAAGUAGUGUACGAGUUUGGACAUCAAGUUUGGAUAUCAAGACACACCUCCUGGUUUGGCUCCACCUCCACCAUCCUCUCGUUCAAUCCGGACAAUGGAAAGGAUAUACAGCAUUUCCUCUGUCUUCGUUUGCAGAUCUUUGUUUUUGUAAAAAGUGACAGAAUACAGAUGUUAGUGUUUGUUUUGGUAGCCUUGUUUGAACAAUGUGUCAGACGUGCAAUGAAGGGCAGAACUGUGCAUGUUGUGGUCAUUUCAGGUUUCAAUUCAGGAAGUGACUAAAAAUUCAAUAGAAAAAGUGAAUUGAUCCCAACCCUGGUGUGUGUUCUGCUAUGCACUGGACUAUGAAGGGGAGAUGUACAGUGCCCUCUACUAUUAUUGGCACCCUUGGUGAAUAUGAGCAAACGGGCUGUGAAAAGAAAAUGUAUUUGUUUAUCCUCUUGGUCUUUCUUUCAAAAUAUUCACAUAAAUCUAACCUUUAAUUAAAGUAAAAUAAUUUGAAAAAAA